AUGCCCUCCUCAAUAUCAACCCGCGCUUCAACCUUCAGCACCUUCUUGACCACCACCACCACCGCCACCAUUAGCCCAUUCUUAAAACCCCAAACAAGCAUAAGCAUAAACGGCGACAAUGCCCUGAGCGCGUACCGCACACAGCCAACUUACACCACGCACUCGCGAAUAACCGGCACAGUGCAGGUGGUGUCACCGAAUUGCGACGUCCGCUUCGACGAGGUGCUCAUCACCUUCGAGGGGACGACAAGAACAUGGUUGGACAGGCUAGGCCCCACGCCCGCGAGUAGUGGACGAACGUACACCGAGAAGACGUUCCUGAAAUUGACACAACCAAUCGACGACACCCUCCUGCCCAUCCCCCGCCUCCUAACGAAAUCCAAAACGUACACAUUCCCCUUCGAAUUCGUCAUUCCGGCGAAGCUCCUACCAAGCGCCUGCUCCCACCGCCAUUCCACCUCUGGGCAGGAGACGACGGAGUGGGAAGAACACCUCCAGCUCCCCCCCACUUCUGGCGACCCCACACUCCCAGACGCGAACGGGGCCCUCGUCGACGACUUGUUCCCGGACAUGCUAAGGAUCGCGUACUCCAUAAACGCACGCAUAAUCCGGCGGCGCGAGGUAGACAAUAAACCACUGGUCUUAUCCUCCAGCGCAAGGAGAGUCCGAGUAAUGCCGUACGUGGAGGACGCACCGCCAAUAAUGCUCGACAGCGAUGGAGCAGCAGGGGGAGUAGGAGCAGGAGGAAAAAGGUACGUGUUAACGAAAGAAAAAGACGUCAAAAAAUCCCUCUUCAAACCCCGCCUCGGCCGUCUGCAAGUCUCAGCCAACCAGCCAACACCCCUCCAUCUACAUGAUCCGAACAAACCCUCAUGCCCAAGCACCACAAUGAUCCCAAUUUCCCUCCUCUUCACGAAAACAACCCCCUCCUCCUCCACCACCCCUCCACCAAAGCUCUCGACAGUAACCACAAAACUCCGCACCCACACCACCUUCUCCACAACCCCACAACCCCACACCCUACAGCAGGGCACACUGGGACUGGUGGGGAAUUACUCCGCGACGCAAACGCUCUCCACCCGGUGCAUCGCGAAUACCCCCUGGACUGGGAACGAAGCGAAGCUGAGCGUACCGGUUUCCCCGCCGAAGGGUGUAAUGCUGGUCCCCAGCUUCAGUACCUGUCUCGGAGCCAGGAGUUAUGUUCUCGAGGUCAUCAUCGGGGUGCACAACUCCUCGUCCAUAACGUUGAGGAUUCCGCUGCAGGUUUCGUUUCCCCCACCCGUGGGGGCGGGGGAUGGGGUUGGGGUUGGGGUCGGAGUGGAGGAGUACUUCACACCCAGGAGCGUCGCGCCCCCGUCAUCACCGGUGGCCGAGGAGGAAGAGGAAGAGGAGGUAGUAGCAGUGGAGAGGGAGGGGCAGUUGCCGCCGCAUAUGAGACCCCGAGCGAAUCUCCCGCCAGAGCGGUUGCCGGCCUUUGCCUUUCCGCCAAUGGGUGGGGAGGGCGGAGUCGUGAGGAUUCCAUCCCCCGUGGGGAUCUCGCCGGGGUGUGGGUAGAUGUCAGAGUGAUAAUUAGUGAUUUUCAUCUUGUUUUUAUCAUUCUCACCCCAUCUCCUUUUGGCUUUUUGGGAGUUUGACGAGGCACGACAUGCUCGAAUAUUACCAUAGUUCACCAAGUUUUAGCACAACAUGGCGUAACGUAGCCUAGCCUAACUUGUAAUCUCAACAAUUCAAUACCACAAAUAUCA